AUGGUGAUGAUGAUGAUGAUGGUCGAGAUGAUGAUGGUCGAGAUGAUGGUUAUGGUCGAGAUGAUGGUGAUGAUGAUGCCCGCCUGGUUCACGUCACGGUACAAGCCCGCUCCGGUUCACGUCACGGUACAAGCCCGCUCCGGUUCACGUAAGGUACAAGCCCGCCCCGGUUCACGUCCCGGUACAAGCCCGCCCCGGUUCACGUCCCGGUACAAGCCCGCCCCGGUUCACGUCCCGGUACAAGCCCGCCCCGGUUCACGUCCCGGUACAAGCCCGCCCCGGUUCACGUCCCGGUACAAGCCCGCUGCGGUUCACGUCCCGGUACAAGCCCGCUGCGGUUCACGUCCCGGUACAAGCCCGCCCCGGUUCACGUCCCGGUACAAGCCCGCCCCGGUUCACGUCACGGUACAAGCCCUCCCCGGUUCACGUCACGGUACAAGCCCGCCCCGGUUCACGUCCCGGUACAAGCCCGCCCCGGUUCACGUAAGGUACAAGCCCGCUCCGGUUCACGUAAGGUACAAGCCCGCUCCGGUUCACGUCCCGGUACAAGCCCGCCCCGGUUCACGUCCCGGUACAAGCCCGCCCCGGUUCACGUCCCGGUACAAGCCCGCCCCGGUUCACGUCCCGGUACAAGCCCGCCCCGGUUCACGUCCCGGUACAAGCCCGCCGCGGUUCACGUCCCGGUACAAGCCCGCCGCGGUUCACGUCCCGGUACAAGCCCGCCCCGGUUCACGUCCCGGUACAAGCCCGCCCCGCCCCGGUUCACGUCCCGGUACAAGCCCGCCCCGGUUCACGUCCCGGUACAAGCCCGCCCCGGUUCACGUCACGGUACAAGCCCGCCCCGGUUCACGUCCCGGUACAAGCCCGCCCCGGUUCACGUCCCGGUACAAGCCCGCCCCGGUUCACGUAAGGUACAAGCCCGCUCCGGUUCACGUCCCGGUACAAGCCCGCCCCGGUUCACGUCACGGUACAAGCCCGCCCCGGUUCACGUCACGGUACAAGCCCGCCCCGGUUCACGUCACGGUACAAGCCCGCCCCGGUUCACGUCACGGUACAAGCCCGCCCCGGUUCACGUCACGGUACAAGCCCGCCCCGGUUCACGUCACGGUACAAGCCCGCCCCGGUUCACGUCACGGUACAAGCCCGCCCCGGUUCACGUCCCGGUACAAGCCCGCCCCGGUUCACGUCCCGGUACAAGCCCGCCCCGGUUCACGUCCCGGUACAAGCCCGCCCCGGUUCACGUCCCGGUACAAGCCCGCCGCGGUUCACGUCCCGGUACAAGCCCGCCCCGGUUCACGUCCCGGUACAAGCCCGCCCCGGUUCACGUCCCGGUACAAGCCCGCCCCGGUUCACGUCCCGGUACAAGCCCGCCCCGGUUCACGUCCCGGUACAAGCCCGCCCCGGUUCACGUCCCGGUACAAGCCCGCCGCGGUUCACGUCCCGGUACAAGCCCGCCCCGGUUCACGUCCCGGUACAAGCCCGCCCCGGUUCACGUAA